UUUGCUGGAGUAACGUGUCGCGCAAUUGGCGGCGUUCAUACAUUUAUCCAAAUUGAAAUCCAAAUCCAACGUCGUCAUCGUCAUCAUCGUCGUCGUCAUCGUCGUCGUCGUGGUCGCCUUCCGUCGCGUCGGUCAUCGUGUUGUACUAGAAACUUUUCUUCACACAGAUACUCUACGUUAGUUAGUUAGUGUAUGUAUGUGUAUUGCAUUCGCCACCCUCGCCCCCUCCCCCACUGUGCUUGUGUUUUCUGAGUGCGGGGGCUGCCAAUUAGUGCAACAGUCUGCGUGUGCCCCCGCCCUGUGGCCCCGCCUCAUCCCGCCGUUCACCAUCGGUCAAAAGAUUUUUUGCAUUUCCCAUUAAACAGAAAUCUAAACCGAAUUCCAUAAACCGUUAACAGUGGAAAACUGCUACUACUUGUACGAUUCAAUCUAAAGUGUGCUGAAAAUGUAGUGGCCAAGAAAACCCCGAAACAAAACGUGUAAUCCAACAAACAAGAAGAGAAGAAAGAAAACUCAAUAACCACGUCGAAACCUUAAAAAAAAGGAAGCAAAAAAUGCCUGCCAUAAAAUUACAACAAUUGAAUUCGAUUCAUUCACAACAUUUCUACAAUGAUGGCCCGGGAGUAGAUGGAGUAGGUGGCACCUCCAAUGCCAAUGCCUCGCCCCAUUUCGCCCAAAGCUGUUGGAGUUGGCGUUUUGCAACAAAUUAUUUAAAAAGUUAUUGCCACAUUAAGCGUCAUGGUGUUAAUAACAAUAAAACUUUAUGCUGGCUGACAUUGACUUUGAUUUUAUUGAGCGUCAUCGACAAUGGCGAAACAGCAGCAGCUUCAGUUGGCAUUGGAGGAGCGGCAGUGGGAGUUUCUGCCGGUCUGAGUCCUGUUGCCUCAUCUGGAGGUGUGACUGCAUUGGAAAUUGGAACUUGUAAACAAGCCUUGGGCAUGGAGUCUGGCGCUAUAGCUGACUUUCAAAUCACAGCCAGUUCGGCACAUGAUAUGGGCAAUGUGGGUCCCCAGCAUGCCAGACUCAAAGUGGAUAACAACGGCGGUGCUUGGUGUCCCAAGCAUAUGGUGUCACGUGGCCUUAAGGAAUAUCUGCAAAUUGAUCUGUUGCAGGUGCAUUUGGUCAGUGCCAUACGCACUCAGGGUCGGUUUGGCAAAGGUCAGGGCCAGGAAUAUACCGAAGCCUAUGUGCUGGAAUAUUGGAGACCAGGCUUUGAGAAAUGGAUACGCUGGAAGAGUAUACAGGGCAAAGAGAUACUGCCUGGCAAUAUAAACACCUACAGCGAGGUGGAGAACGUGCUGCAGCCCAGCAUCUUUGCCUCUAAGGUGCGCAUCUAUCCCUACAGUCAAUACGAUCGCACUGUGUGCCUGCGCGCCGAGAUUGUUGGCUGCAUCUGGGAAGAGGGCAUUGUCUCGUAUAGCAUUCCAAAGGGCGUUCAGCGUGGCAUGGAAAUUGAUCUCUCCGACAAGACAUACGAUGGUCAUGAGGAUGGCGAUCGUUAUGUAAAUGGUUUGGGUCAAUUGGUCGAUGGCCACAAAGGCAAAGAUAAUUUUCGUACGGAUAUCAAUGGAUUUGGCAAAGGUUAUGAAUGGAUUGGUUGGCGUAAUGAUACAUUAGUUGGACGUCCCGUGGAAAUAACAUUCGAAUUUGAAACAGUUCGAAAUUUCAGCGCUGUCAUUAUACACACCAAUAACAUGUUUUCCAAAGAUGUGCAGGUGUUUGUUCAUGCCAAGGUAUUCUUCAGCAUUGGCGGACGACAGUUCAACGGGGAGCCAGUGCAAUUCUCUUACAUGCCCGACCAAGUGCUGGAUCAUGCACGCGACGUGACAAUCAAAUUGCAUCAUCGCCUGGGGCGUUAUCUGCAGUUGCAUUUAUAUUUUGCUGCCCGUUGGAUGAUGCUCAGCGAGAUUACUUUCAUAUCAGUUCCCGUGGCUGGCAAUUUCACGGAUGAGGAGCUGCUCAAUGUGCCGCCCUCAAAUGGCGGAGGCAUGAGAAUGCCGGACACAUCGGAAUAUCCGUUGCAACGUGAUGAAGUCGGUCGAGCGGUCAGCAGUAGCGGCGAACGGAGUCAACAUACCACACAAGUUAUCUCGCCCAAGCCCAUUGACCAUCAGGAACCGGAAACAAGUUUCGUUGGCAUCAUUAUCACAGCCCUGGCAACGAUUAUUCUACUCCUUGUCGCCAUUAUAUUGCUGAUAAUAGCGCGAAAUAAACGAGGACGCGGACGUGGCAAUGUUUUGGAUGCAUUUCAGCAUAAUUUCAAUCCGGAUACAUUGGGUGGCGUUGAUAAGCGACUAAAUGGAAAUGGCAAUGGUGUCUUGAAGGUGGUCACAACAAUGGAUGACAAUGAGUCGUCCAUUGACAAGAACAGUCUGUACCAUGAGCCCUUCAAUGUGAACAUGUACACGAGUGCGGCCAGUGCCUGCUCCAUGAAUGACCUGCAGCGUCAGCAUGUAACGCCGGACUAUACAGAUGUACCAGACAUUGUGUGCCAGGAUUAUGCAGUGCCUCAUAUGCAGCAGUUGUUGCCGAAUGCUGCUGCUGCUAUUGGUGCCUCGGCCGCAGGCAAUCCACGCAACUCGCUGAAUGCAUCGCUGGGUGGGACGACAUCAGCACCGCCCGUGCCGCCGCCACCGGAGAAGUAUUAUGCAGCCACACCAAUUUGCAGCAAACCAGGAGCAGGAGCAGGAGUAACAGCAACGGGUAUGACGAUGACGAUAACUGGACCACCGCCAGGCUCUCAGAGCAGCGGUUCGUUGAGUUUGAGCUCCUCGACAACGGCAGCAACCACGCCCACCGGACCCGGAGGGACAAUGGGUGGCAAGCCACAUCAUUACAAUUUGGAUAUGAGCGCUAAUUUUGCCGACAUCAACGAAGAGCUAGCCAAUUGCCAAGUGCAGGAAUUUCCACGUCAGUCGCUGGUCAUCGUCGAGAAGUUGGGAUCAGGCAUGUUUGGUGAACUGCAUUUGUGCGAAACAAAUGUGCUGAAUGCUACUCUUGUGGCAGUGGCAACACUUCGACCCGCUGCGAGUGAUCAAUUGCGGAAAGAGUUUCGCAGCAAGGCAAAGCAAUUGGCUCGUCUUAAUGAUACGAAUGUGGCUCGUUUGGUUGGCGCCUGUUUGCGAGAUGAACCGAUUUGCAUUGUUCAGGAUUAUUCCAAUUGUUUGGGUGACUUGAAUCAAUUUCUACAAGAGCAUGUGGCCGAAACCAGCGGUUUAAUGGCCAACAAAAGUCUGAGCUAUGGCUGCUUAGUCUACAUUGCCACACAAAUUGCAUCGGGCAUGAAGCAUUUGGAGCAAAUGAAUUUCGUACAUCGGGAUCUGGCAACAAGAAGUUGCAUUAUUGGCCCCGAGCUGAGCGUCAAGGUCUGUUCCAUUGGCACUGUGAUAAAUCGUUCGGCCUAUGCGUCGGACUAUUGCCAAUUGGAGGGCACAACGGGACGCCAAACUCAACCGAUGCCAAUACGCUGGAUGGCCUGGGAGAGUGUUCUACGGGGUAAAUUCACAACUAAAUCGGAUGUCUGGUCAUUUGCCGUUGCCCUUUGGGAGAUAUUGACUUUUGCCCGUGAACAGCCCUACGAACAUAUGAGCGAUGCGAAUGUUAUUGAAAAUAUUGGACAUAUCUAUCAAGAUGAUAAAAUGCAUGAACUUUUGCCAAUGCCAGUCAACUGUCCGCGCGAAAUUUACGAUCUCAUGUGCGAAUGUUGGCAACGCAACGAAUCAACUCGACCCAAUUUCCGGGAGAUACAUUUGUUUUUACAGCGCAAGAAUUUAGGUUUUAAGCCCCAAACACAAACGCUGAUGUAUUGAAGUCAUAACAUCCGAAAAAAAACAGCAAAUGUAAAAAUAUAACAUAAAAAAGAAAAAAAAAAGAAAUCCACACGAUUUUAGUGAAACAUUUGAAAUACAUAUAAAAUAUUAUAAAUAAGCAAAACAACAUAAAGCAAAACACAAAACAAAAAAAAGAAUCAAACAAUUUAUGCGCAUUUUAUGCAUUUAAAUGGAAAAUGCAUUUUUGAAAUGAACUGCAAUACACUACAAAAAAAGAAGUUGUAUGGCUAGUCAUCUAAAGCUAAAGAUACUCUACCCAAAAGAUUUGCUCAAGAAAAUGAAUAAGGUUUUAAUUUCUUUUAUUACAAUGACGAAAUUGGGUCUUUAAUUUUUGAAUU